AUGAUGGUGUGUGUCUUGCGUCUAAGAUGGAUGUACACCAUAAUAGUGAGACCAAUAGUGAGCUAUGAUGCGGCGGCUUGGGUUUCCACGGCUGGCGUGUUUUUGAAUUACUGUAACAAUGCGCAUAUGCCCGACGGCAGCGCUGGAGGUAAUGCUGGAACUUGGGCCACUAAAUUCUUCGUUGCUGCUGUCUCCUUCGCCUUGCUGGCUUACGUUGCUGCUGAUGUUUCGCACCUUGGUGGCGGCUAUAAUUAUCCCGCUCCUGUGCACGAGGCAGUUCAAUCGCAACCAAUUGUUCCACAAAAUACCUACCUUCCACCACCAUCCCAAGGUUACAGCUAUCCAGCUCCAGUGCAUGAGGAAGUAAAAUCAGAGCCAAUUGUUCCACAAAACACCUACAUUCCUCCACCACCACCACCACAAAACACUUACAUCCCACCAGCUCCAGUGCAGGAAGCUGUGCUCUCGGAGCCAAUUGCACCACCACAGAACACCUACAUUCCACCACCAGCAGCGCCACAGAACACCUACAUCCCACCACCAGCUCCGGUUCAAGAAGCUGUGCUCUCCCAGCCAAUUGCUGCUCCUCAAAACACCUACCUUCCUCCAACUUCUUCGCACGGUCAGGAUGGUUAUCGUUACAAGACCGUUCGACGUGUUGUCUAUAGACGCCGUUUCUAAAU